AUGAGCGGGAAAAACCAUCAAGACACAGUCCUCGAAACUGAGUUGACAUUGGCGGAGACCAGGACGGUGUUGCUCAGGAGCGAGCAGUUCCUGACGGAGCUGACCAGGCUUUUCCAGAAGUGCCGAUUGUCAGGCAGCGUGGUCAUCACCCUGAAGAAGUAUGAUGGUCGCACCAAACCUACUCCACAGAAGAGUUCUGUGGAGGGCUUCGAGCCUUCAGAAAACAAGUGUCUGUUAAGAGCCACAGAUGGGAAAAGGAAGAUCAGCACUGUGGUGAGUUCCAAAGAAGUGAGUGAGUUUCAGACAGCCUAUUCAAACCUACUGACAGCUAACAUGGAUGUGAAGAAGAGGAACAAGAACAAGAGUAAGAGGACCAAGCCAGCACAGUGACAGCCGUGGCCAUUA